AUGUGGUGCUGCAAGUCUUCUUGUGAGGACACUGCCUUGGCUGCAUACGCAAGAUCCUUGCAAAACAAAGAGGAUGACCAAACAAGUGCGAUGCUCUUACCCAUGUACACAGUGCCAGUGAAGGAUCUUCUGCUGAUGGGAGAGAUUGAACCGCAUGAAGAGCUAAAGGCAAAAGGCAUUCUUGUCGUGUUUGACAAGAGCAUGGGAAAUGCAGCGUUCAUUUCACACCAGUGGGUUGGCAAUAACCAUCCAGAUCCGGAGUUCAAGCAGAUGCAGGUCCUGCAAGCCGCUCUCAGGCAUAUCAUGUCCGACUUGAAGCACAUACCCCUGGAUGUCGUCACGGAGAUGGUCCUGCCAGGAUCUAAAGACCUACCUACAUCCAAGCUGGUGGAGAAGGAGCUGUUCAUCUGGUACGACUACUUCUCUUGCCCUCAGAUGGAGAGCGCCAAUAAGGGCUCCAGAAGUGACUUGUCCAAAGCUAUCGAAAGCAUCCCCGCCUACGUCGCCUCAUGCGCUUUCUUCUUCGUGCUCUGCCCGGUCAUCGAGAACGAGAACUUGCAGAAAAUCUUUUCGCCUCGCAGCUGGGCCAGGAGGGGGUGGUGCCGUCUGGAGAGGGCCUGCUGCGAGUUGGGCCAGAAUCAAUCCUGGAUCGUGGUGAAGGCCCCCACAAGCUUAGAGCUGAUCUCAUGUCCUUCAGCAUCCAUGGGCAGUGGGCCUCCUGGGCAAGGAGACUUCUCAGUCCCAAUGGACCGAGCGAAGAUGGCACCGGUGUUGAUGGCCACGCUGAAACGCAAGAUUCUGCAGCUUUUGCAAGCUCAGGAUUUCGUGAGCUACCGCGUGGUGCUGAACCAGCAGAGUGUGUACCUGAAAGGGCUCGAAGAAGUCGGAAUUGAAGGCAGCUAUAAGCCAGUCCCUGGCUUCGAGGAAAGCUUUGAGAGGGAGUCCAUGGACUCUUGCUGCCUCCUUGUGGAAGAGUUCCUGUACCAAAACGGAUUCCGGAGGAUUGGCGAGCGGGAUGCGGGAGGAUGGAUGCCCUUGCACUACGCUGCCCUGAGCGGAGAUUUGCCGUUAAUUCAGGGCUUGAUCGCAAGAGGUGCCAACCCCAACUGCAAAACGACCAAAGAUCAGCCUUUGGUAGGUCUUCCGCCUUUGACCUCCGCCCUCGCCAUUUGUGUCAUGUUCCGGCACCACGGCGCAACAGAGUUCUUGAUCUCUGCCAGGGCCUCUCUCACUGGCGGUGUGAGCCUCUGCACGCCAUUGAUCGCGGCCGCAGUCGCAGACAGCGCCGAGGGUGUGCGCUUGCUGUGCGAAGCCCGAUGCGACCCUCACCGGCGAAACCUUGCCGGCGCAGGGGCCUUCGGCACUGCCUGCACCCAUGGCACGGUUCACGCAGUUGAGGAGCUGCUUCAGCAGACCGGAGGACAUCGCCUGGACGUGACACUCGCCCUGCACGAGACCAUGAUGAACCAUGGGGGGACUGCCACACUUGUUCAGCGAUUGCUGGAUUUGCGAGCUGACAUGAAUGAUCAAAGUUUUACCUGGUGGAAGCCUUUCGUUGGGUUGGGACUGCUCUCCAUGCAAAAGGUCGUGCAGCACAAGUUCGGGAAGAAGACCUUGUGCAGCAAGCUGAUGUAUCAUGGUGGGCAUGGUGGGACCCCGCUCAUGCUGGCGAUGCUGACCUCGCAGUACGAGGCUGCUGCUUGUCUCAUUGCAGCAGGGGCCCGUCUGGACUUGCGUAACUCGAGAGGUUGGACAGCGAAGGACUUCGCAGAAGGACCCGUGCCAGACUUUCUACUGGAAGCCUUCGAAGGCAGCCGAGAAGGCUGUUGCAGAGUCACGUCUGCCGCUCUCAGAAACUCCUGCCUGCAGGCCUAG